UUUUAUAGUAAGCAGCUCUAUGGUUACUAUGACAACGAUAACCAUAAAACAGUAAAAUCGCCUAAUUAUGCAGUAGAAGAUAGUUCGUAAUAUCUAAUUGGUUAAUCAAGGCAUUGUUAUAAUUUAAAAAAUAAUGAGUAGUCUUAAGAAGCCUAUAGAUUACAAGAUGUUAGAAAACGAGUUGGAUGAAGCUUUGAAAGCGGAUGAAUUAUAUAAAUUACAAAAUGACGCGAAACUUCGAGCGAUUGAACAAAGAGUUCCAACUUAUGAUCAUUUUUAUAAUAUGGUACAAGCUGCACAUCUACGACCAUUAGAGCGAUCAGAGAUGAAAAAAAAAGCUGAAGUAUCAUGGAAUCAUUGUUUUAACAAAAAUGAAGAAGCGCUCCUACAAGCACACAAUACAUCAAAUAUUCUCAAUUCAAAAUCAAGUAACGAUUCUCUUAUUAAAAAGCCACAAACGAAUGCAGAAUUUUUGAGGAUUUGGAAUAAUUUGUCCGAUUGUAAAUUAAAAUUCGAGUACUUGAUCGAAUUUAGGGAAUACUUAUUAAAAAAGUUUUUCCAUGUUGAAGUGCCGACCGAAUUUCUUCAAGAAUUUUUUCACGUUACCAUAGAAAUUUGUGCUACCGAUAAUGUUGCGGAUGUCAUUGAACUAUUACAAAUUUUUAGCAAAUGCAAUAGAUUAUCUUUAAGUUUAGCAAUGAUGACCGAAAAGAGUCUUAUUAAGCUUUUAUUCGAAAGGAUAUUGGUUCUUAUGAGGGACGACACGGCAAUAGAUAGCAUAAAAGAGCUUGAACAAAUUUAUUUAAUUUCAUUGGAAAAACAUAGCUUAAAUAAUAAAACAUAAGUAAACAUAUG